AUGGCUGAGGAACAGAAAACUACAGUGAACGGCAUCAACGUCGAGCAGCUCAUCCAGGAGAGCCAUGACCCCGACACGCCUCACAAGCACAAGAAGGGCCAGUGGUACCAGGGCUGGUCGAUGUAUGACAUCCCUUACGCAUCGCGCUACGACGUGCAGGUCAACAUCCCCGCGGACGAUCUGCCCAAGGACGGCGUCGAGUCCAAUGUCGUGUACCAGAUGCUCCAUGACGAGCUCACGCUGGAUGGCAACCCGAACUUGAACCUGGCGUCUUUCGUCCAUACUUGGGUGCCUGAUGAGUGCACCCGCCUCAUGACCGAGAACCUGACCAAGAACCUCGUCGACCAGGAUGAGUACCCCGCCUGUACCGAGAUCCACAACCGCUGCAUCAGCAUGAUCUCGGGCCUGUGGAACCAUCCCAAGAACGCAACACCCAUGGGCACGGCGACGACUGGCUCCUCAGAGGCCAUCAUGCUAGGCGGCAUGUCGAUGAAGCGCCGGUGGCAGGAGAAGAUGAAGAAGGCGGGCAAGGAUAUCCACAACCCCGGCCCGAACAUCAUCAUGGGCGCCGAGGCGCAGGUUGCGCUCGAGAAGUUCGCGCGGUACUUUGAGGUGGAGGCGCGCCUCAUGCCCAUCACGGAGGAAAGUCAUUAUGUCAUGGAUCCCGAGAAGGUGUUGGACUACUGUGAUGAAAACACGAUUGGAUGCUACUGCAUAUUAGGAUCGACCUACACUGGAGAGUUCGAAAACGUCAAAGCAAUCGCAGACAAGCUCGACGAGUACGAGAAGAAGACGGGAAUCCACAUCCCGAUCCACGUCGACGCGGCCAGUGGCGGCUUCGUCGCGCCCUUCGUCUACCCCGACCUGGAGUGGGACUUCCGCAUCCCGCGCGUGUGCUCUAUCAACGCCUCGGGUCACAAGUACGGCAUGUCGACCGUCGGUGUCGGAUGGUGUAUCUGGCGCUCGGACAAGUAUCUACCCAAGGAGAUGAUCUUUGAGCUGCACUACCUAGGCGAGACGGAUUAUAGCUUCAACCUCAACUUCUCGCGACCCGCUCACCCGAUUCUGGGACAGAUGUUCUGCUUCCUCAACCUCGGCUUCAGCGGCUACCGCCGCGUGAUCCACGCCGACCUGACGAAGGCGCGCAUCCUGUCCCGAGCCUUGGAGAAGAGCGGGCUCUUCACGAUCCUGUCCGAGAUCCACAUUCCCGUCGACAACCCCAAGACCAAGGACGACACAGACCCGACGUACUACCGGCCUGGUCUGCCCGUCGUUUCUUUCCGAUUCACGGACGAGAUCAAGGCCAAGUACCCGCACGUGCAGCAGCGCUGGGUGCAGGAGCAGCUGCGCGCGAUUGGCUGGAUCGUGCCCAACUACGCCCUGCCCCCCGCAUGCGAGAAGACGGAGAUCCUCCGUGUCGUCGUCCGCGAGAGCCUUAGUGGGGACCUCGAAAGGAAACUCAUCACCGACAUCAUCAAGGUCACGGAGGGCCUGCUCAAAGGCGAGGGACCCAGUUAUCCCAUGUCACAGGCUACCAAGAGCCCGCCGCACGCUACCCGGCCCCGCAGGACGGAGAAUCACAAGGAUCAUGAGAAGAUUUCGAAGCACACCAAGGCGCACAACCAUGUUUGUUAG